UACAGGACUUCGGCGACCACAAAGAUUGAGCUCCUUGGGGCCCUCUUCUGCAGAGUAUGCCCACCAGGUUCCUAUUCUCCCACUCCUCUAGACCCCCCAUGCAAAUCCCCAGGCUGUCCUCCUAUAUUGAGUGGGGAGACACUGGGGCUUGGAACUCCUGAUUGGAUUUUCUACCUCUGUUCUCCCCUUCCCGCUCUCCUGCCUCCAGGCUACUUUGCCCAAAAACUUUCAACAGCUCCCCAGUGCCUGUAGGAUCGAGUGCAGAUUCCUUGACCUGGCAUCAUGGUCACUGGCAUUCGGGCCUUAGCUGAGUUUUCUGAGUUUCUCUCCCCCUCCUCCUCUGUGCGAACCGUCCAUUCCAACCAGACUGGACUGUUUGGUCUCCUUGGAUCACACUCCCUGGAGAGUCUCCCCCACCCCCUUCUUUCUACCUUCCAGAUCACAUUCUCUUCCCUCUGGAAGCUCCAGGAAAUGACCAGACCUGAAGGAUGUGUUUCUUUCUCAGAAGGAUUCUGGUACUUACUGCCCACAGGGCUCACUGGGGCCCUGCCUGCUACCCUUCACCGUGACGCUUCAAUUGCUUUGGUCACAUUUCCUCCAUAGACCGCCAGCCCCAGGCAGAUGGAAAAUUGUUGUAGAUCCCUUUUGGUCCGUAAUAAAUGUUUGAUGUUCUAAUUUCUUAUACAAGGGUUUCUUAAGACGAGGUCUUUGUUUACCACAGUUAAAAGAGUCACAGGGAAACUGACACCAAAUAACUCUGCCAGACACAGAGCUUGGAAAUAGGAGACACAGGCCAGAGCCUCAUGUAUUUGCUUCACGCUCAACUUUUUACAAAGAGGUCCUCCCUCUGUACCAGUUAGGUUGUUCUUGGCUGUGAGAAACCAAAACCCCAACUCCCAGUGGGCUUCGGCAAUGAGGGAAGUUAUCUCUCAUGGCAGAACUCCUAGAGGCUGGGCUCAGGGACGUUCCCAGGGUCCUUCGUCCUUUGUCUCUUCCCCGUCAUCCCAUCCUUGACAUUCUGGCUUUGCCCUCAAGCUUCCUCAUGGUCAGCAGAUGGCAGGCAGCAAUCAUGACAGUACCCACCCUUGCUCUCCAGGGGGUGGAAGUGUGGAAUGUGACUCCUCCCUAGUCUGAUUGAUCCAACUCGGAUAGUGUGCCAUGGGUUACCUGCUGAUUGGUCCUCCAGAGAAGGGUAGGGGAGCUCCUGGCUUCCUCCAAGCCCUGUGGGUGUCUGGAGGAAGGACAAACUCGGGAUUUUGCUAGGAAGAGGAAGGGAGGGAGUGGCUGCUGGGUAGGAAACAACAGUGUCCACUCUGUCAUUUAUUAUUAACACACUUGAUUUGGAGGCCCAAGAAGCCAGGGGUAGGUGGCUGACUCCGGCUCAGGGUGCCACAGCCAACACAGGAGACAGCCUUCGUUGUCUAGUCUCAGUCCCCAUCUUUGGAAAGAAUCUUCUCCUGCUUAGAUUUAAAAUCCUUUGUUUCACAUGACCCUGAUGAACAGUGGUUUUCUGCCUCAGCACUGAUCAGCUUUGCUUCAAGUGACAGGAAGGCAGUUGAGUGUGUCCAAAAUGCUUUAAAAUGCCGCAUUUCAUUUUGCAUCUCUUUGGCUCUUUAUUAACCAUUUCUUUUCCUCUCCUCUAGAUGCUUUACCUAAUAGGCUGAGCCUAAGUGUAUGAAACUGCUGUUUUGGCACACCAAAAGCAUCAAAUAUCAGUGUUUACCAGGUUCAACUGAGAACAUUAUUUCUAACCUCCUCUACAACCUCAUUUUGCAGUCAGGAGCCUGAGUUCAGAAAGGCCACACAGUUAAUUAGCAGUGGAGCUGGGGUUUGAACCUAAGUAUGUCUGGCUUUUCAUCUUCCAGCUUUCCCAGACACCACACAUCCUCUUCUGAGACGACUUACAGUUCAGUUUUGCAGCAGGAACUCAGAGCCAGGCUGGUCUGGGAUGCCAUGAGAUAGCUACCAAGUGAUUAGUGAUACCUUCACGGGCAUCUCCAAAAGAGCAAACCAGUUAGGCAAACUGAUCUGUGGAGUCGGCUUCCUGAGACUGAGGUGCUCCGACUGUACCUGCCCCAGGCCCUGCGCCUCCCCAGUGGAGGGUCAGCAGAGGGUGCAGCAGUGUUGGCAAGAGGAGAAAUCCAGAGGAGUUUCCUCCGGGAGGGGACACUCCAGGGAAGGGAAUGGGCCUGCUGUCCACAGCAGCCCGUGCCCAGGAGGGUUCAGAGCAGCUCGUUCACAUCAGACCUGGCCCGGGACAUGGAGCAAAGCAGGUCUUUGCUGGUUCUCGAGGUGCCUACAGUGAUGGAUGAGGCCCACCCGACUUGUGGCUCUCUUCAGCAGCCGUCAUCCCACUAGGACCCCACGGUGGUGUUAGGAUGCACCUCUCGGCCGUGUUCAAUGCCCUCCUGGUGUCGGUGCUGGCGGCAGUCCUGUGGAAGCACGUGCGGCUGCGCGAGCAUGCAGCCUCUCUGGAGGAUGAAGUGGCCCUCAGCCGACAGGCCCCAGAGCCAGCCCCAGCACUGAGGAUCGAGUACCCAAAGGCCCUGCAGAACCUGAUGGAAGGCGGCACACACAUGGUGUGCACAGGCCGCACCCACACAGACCGCAUCUGUCGCUUCAAGUGGCUCUGCUACUCCAACGAGGCUGAGGAGUUCAUCUUCUUCCACGGCAACACCUCUGUCAUGCUGCCCAACCUGGGCUCGCGGCGCUUCCAGCCUGCCCUGCUCGACCUGUCCACCGUGGAGGACCACAACACGCAGUACUUCAACUUUGUGGAGCUGCCGGCCGCCGCCCUACGCUUCAUGCCCAAGCCGGUGUUUGUGCCUGACGUGGCGCUGAUCACCAACCGCUUCAACCCUGAUAACCUCAUGCACGUCUUCCACGACGACCUCCUGCCCCUCUUCUACACCCUGCGGCAGUUCCCUGGCCUGGCCCACGAGGCCCGGCUCUUCUUCAUGGAGGGCUGGGGUGAGGGUGCACACUUUGACCUCUACAAGCUUCUCAGCCCCAAGCAGCCACUCCUGCGAGCACAGCUAAAGACCCUGGGCCGGCUGCUGUGCUUUUCCCAUGCCUUCGUGGGCCUUUCCAAGAUUACCACCUGGUACCAGUAUGGCUUCGUCCAGCCCCAGGGCCCAAAGGCCAACAUCCUUGUCUCGGGCAACGAGAUCCGGCAGUUUGCACGGUUCAUGAUGGAGAAGCUGAAUGUGAGCAUCGCAGGGACCCCCCUAGGUGAGGAGUACAUUUUGGUCUUCAGCCGCACCCAAAACAGACUCAUCCUAAAUGAGGCAGAGCUGCUGCUGGCUCUGGCCCAGGAGUUCCAGAUGAAGACAGUGACGGUAUCCCUGGAAGACCAUGCCUUUGCAGAUGUGGUCCGGCUAGUCAGCAAUGCCUCCAUGCUGGUCAGCAUGCAUGGGGCCCAGCUGGUCACCGCCCUCUUCCUGCCCCGUGGGGCAACUGUGGUUGAGCUCUUCCCAUACGCUGUCAAUCCUGACCACUACACCCCCUAUAAGACGCUGGCCAUGCUGCCUGGCAUGGACCUCCAGUAUGUAGCCUGGCGGAACAUGGUGCCAGAAAAUACAGUUACACACCCCGAGCGGCCCUGGGACCAAGGGGGCAUCACCCACCUAGACCGAGCUGAACAGGCCCGUAUCCUGCAAAGCAGGGAGGUCCCACGGCAUCUCUGUUGCCGGAACCCCGAGUGGCUCUUCCGGAUCUAUCAGGACACCAAGGUGGACAUCCCAUCCCUCAUCCAGACCAUACGGCGUGUGGUGAAGGGCCAGCCAGGGUCGCGGAAACAGAAGUGGACCGUUGGCCUCUACCCUGGCAAGGUGCGGGAGGCACGGUGCCAGGCGUCAGUGCAGGGUGCCGCUGAGGCCCGCCUCACCGUCUCCUGGCAGAUCCCGUGGAACCUCAAGUACCUGAAGGUGAGGGAGGUGAAGUACGAGGUGUGGCUCCAGGAACAGGGGGAGAACACCUAUGUGCCUUACAUCCUGGCCCUGCAGAACCACACCUUCACUGACAACAUCAAGCCCUUCACCACCUACCUGGUGUGGGUCCGCUGCAUCUUCAACAAGAUCUUCCUGGGACCCUUUGCAGAUGUGCUUGUGUGCAACACGUAGCAAGUGGGCCAUGGCCAGGCCCCGGGAGGCCAGCUCUACCAGCUCACUGUCCCUGGGUUGGCCAACUCCCCACCGUGAUGACAUCUGAGAAUUAUUUAUUUAUCGAGAAGGCUGGACCCAGGCCUGCACCUCAGGGCCUUCUUGUUGCAUCUGUGGGUGGGGUCCGCAGCCCUCCUCUUUGUACUUGUGCAGUGGGUCUCUCCCCAACCCUUCUCCCAUCCUAAACAUCCAUACCCCUGGAGGGGAGUUUCUUAGAGGGGAGGAGGAAGGGAAAAAGGAGGAAGGAAAGUAAGACUCCCAAUGAACGUCUUUGACUAAGUGAUGAUUCUGUUUCCUCCGAUGUCUUGCUGGCUGGUGUCCAGGUUUCUGGAAACUGAAUAAUCAUGUGGUUGUGUGAAUGGAUGACUCAUCAACUUCCACCAUCAUGGAAUUCACCUGUAACCCAAUGAGGGGUGUGUUUGGAACAUAUCCAUUAAAUGGUUAUAAACAUC